CCGUUUCAACAAGAACCACCAACUUUGAGAGAAUUCAUUACAAAAGGACAACCAUCAUCAUCAUUCAACCCAUCAACCACCAUGCGCUACACAACGCUCCUCCUUCUCCCCACCAUUGCCCUCGCGGCCCCAGCCCCUCUCCCAGUCCCCCAAGACAAGCCCUCCGGCCACGAAGUCGAAAUCACAGCCGUCACCUACGGCGGCACCGGCUGUCCCGAUAGAACGGUGCAGGGCCUCCUCUCAGACGACAGGACCACCAUCACGCUGUCAUUCGACCAGUACACGGUGCAGUCCGGCCCCAACAUCCCGGCCACCGAGCGCCGCAAAUUCUGCCAGCUGCAGCUGAAGCUGAAGUACCCGAGUGGGUUCCAGUAUAGUGUUUUCGGUGCGGAUUACCGCGGGUAUGCGAGUCUGGAAAAGGAUGUAACCGGCACGGCGCAGAGCACGUACUAUUUCUCUGGACAGCAGAACCAGGUAUGCGUCCCCACACGUUGUCGUCUUCCACAACCCCAACCAGCAGCGUGCUCGAGUCCUCGCAACCCCUCGUCCCCGGCACUAACACAUCUCACCCAGACCGUCAUCCCCACGACCUUCAAAGGUCCCAUGGAAGGCAACUACCUUAAGCACGACGAAGUCGACGCGGGGUCCACCGUGUGGUCGCCCUGCGGCGAGCAGGGUAUGCUCAACAUCAAGUCCGAAGUGCGCAUCGUGCCGUUCACGGCGAAGGGGCUGAAUCUGCUGACGGUGGAUACCGUGGAUGCCAAGUUUAGCCAGAAGUACUACGUGCAGUGGCAGCGGUGUGACGGUAAGACCGGAGGCGGGUCGGGUGGGAUGCCAAUUGGACGGCCGCCGGUGGAUUUGGGUAGGAUCUGAGGAUUGGGCUCGAGAGUUUUGAAGUCUAGGGGGUACUUAGUGUAGCA